CAAAAUAAUGACUCGUGCAACCAUUCUAUCUUAAUCCGUGCUUUACACCCUUACUUAUCUUUCUUUAAACAAUUCAAUGCUCACUACCUAUCUCCGCCUGUGAUUCUAUUACAUUCAAUAUUUAUAUUUUUGGUAUUUUCAAAACGUUAUUGAUUGUUAACAAACGAUGAGUUAUUAAAACUUUUAUUUUGCAAUUGAGCACCAUCCAGUUUAUAGUAUAGUUUAUUUAUCCAGUAACUGCUGCAUAAGACAAAGCGGUUUCUAAUCACAGUGUUUCGAUAUGAAUCAUUCUUUACCCUUUAAAUGUGUGCUAUACAUCAACUGUUCGAAACGUAGUACAUUCCGGGGUAUUUAUUGUAUAGCUCGGCGUUUCAAAUCAGAUGACUCUCCACCUGAUGAUAAGGACAAAUCACAAAAGAAUCAAAUAGCUAUUAAUAAACUAAAUGAGUUGUUGAAAUCCAUGAAAAAAGGCAAUGACUCUGAAAUAAUUCCUACCAUUUCCAAUCCCAUUAAAUUGUCACAGCCAAGAGAAUUAGCAAGAAAAGUGGAUCAAAGUCAAGAAAAUCAUGAUAAAUCAAAGAAAAACAUACAGUUGGGUGAAAAGUUGGCUGAUGCUGCUACUUCAGUUGCUCAAUCAAUAGGAGGUAAUACUGAGAAAACUGAAUCAGAACUGUUAAAUUUAUUAAGAAUUUACAAUAGUGAACCUAAUGGUUUGUCAGAAAAAAAGUCACAAACUUCUGCCCAAUUAAGUGAUCUUAUUUCUGGAAUGAAAAUUGAUCGUAGCCGACCAAAUACUGUGUCUUCAGAAUUGGGAAAUGUAACUAAAGCCCAACGAGUAAGAGAACUGAUUGGAAAAGAUUAUAAUCAAGAUCUUAAUAAAAGAUAUAACAAUUAUAGAAAACCAAUGGAUAAUUAUAUACCCCUCAAUUUAUUUAGCAGUGAACCUCUUAAUAUAUUCAAGAACAUAGACUUAAAAAUAAAUGAUUUAAAAUUGAAUACAUGGGAUGGAUUAGACAAAAAAUGUUUAGAAAUGGCAGUUACAAAUCCACCAAAAAAUAUUUAUGAACAAAUGAUAAUGUGGACAAAACAAGGAAAAUUAUGGAAUUUUCCAAUAGACAAUGAGCAAGGAAUGGAUGAUGAAAAAAACAUUUUUUUUGCUGACCACGUGUUUUUAGAACCACUAAUUGAUGAAUGGUGCCCAAAAAAAGGACCAAUUAGACAUUUUAUGGAAUUGGUAUGCGUUGGUUUAUCCAAAAACCCUUUCUUAACUAUUGAAGAAAAACACGAUCAUAUUAAUUGGUUUCGACAGUAUUUCUAUGAGAAAAAUCAAUUAUUAAAUGAAGUCGGUGCUUUUCAAAUUAAGUCAUUGCCAGAAAAUGUCAAGGAAUAUUACAAGCCUUCAAUUCCAGAAGAAUAGAUUAAAUUAAUUAUAAUGUAGAUCAUUGAAGUACACAUUUUAUCUAAAAAGUAGUUAUGUUAUUUAAUAAAUUUAAAACAUUAAA